GUAUUUUUUCAUAAAUUCUGCAAGUUAAAGUAAGUGGAAAAAUUUUCAUCAUGUGCCAAUAAAAUGGGAUAAGGCUCUUUAAAUGUUUUGACCAUUUUGGAAGUGCAAUUUAAACUUCGAAAUAUUUUAGCUACUUUCAGUAAUUAUAUAUUAUAUUAUUUAUAUUAAUUUUCAAAUGUAAUUUUUCAUCAGAGGCCACGUGAAAAAUAAUCUUUGAAAUGUAAACAAGAUCUUAAAAAACUAUCUAAAUCAGAGUAAAAGCAUGCUAGUGGAAAGUGGAGACUAAUUGUGUCAUUUCAUCCCACAAACCAAUUCCUGGUGAAAUACUUUUUUUUUUCCUCUGGAAUUUUCAAUGUAUUUCUCUUUGGUUUUGUAAUGCUUUAAUAUUUUUUUCUUUUGUUAGUCAUAUCUCAACACUUCAGUAGUGUUUGCUGAAACCUGCAGGAAGAUGGAAGAAUUUCUGAAUCUUACACAACUAAAGACAUCUUUGAAAGAAGCUAUUUUACUAGAUUAUUAUACUGCAGGAUUUUGGUGGGCUAAGGAAAUGAACUUCAGUCUUAUCCAGCUCUCAGAAUUCAUGGAUCUAUUAAAUUUCUCCUUGGAGAACCUCAGCAGCAAACAUAUGACCUUGGGAGAUAAUUUAAAAGAACUUGAAAGAGCAAUGACUGGAAUAGGAGAAACUGAGUCAGAAGAAAGAGGUAACCUGAAUUUAUUCAGCAUUGAGCAAGCCAAAGCAAUCAUUGAUUACUUGGUUACCAGCUUAUUUAAACACUAUAAAGCAUAUGAAUACCUCUUCCACGGUCGUAGAGAAGAACCUGUGAUAAGUAAUGAGAAUGAGAUUGAACUUGACCAACCUGCAGUUUCCCCCUCAGCUUCAGCAACAGAAUCUCAGGGGUCUGACCAGGGGGGUUACCUGCAAGAGCCCUGUCCAGAGGCAGCAUCUUCAGAAGCAGAUGCUGUAGCUGGAGUCACCGCUGAAGAUGAGAAGUCUGCAGUGUGUGAAAUCCCGAAUGAAAUUAUUGGCAACCUUGAGGCAGACUUCAAUGAAAAGCUGCAAGUGCAGGAAGAAGCUUAGACUUGGAGAAGAGAAAAAUUGAGAAGUAUUAAAUAGCCAGAUAAGAAAGGUGAUGCUGAGUUUUGCAGGAAUUGGUCAGCAGGGGAUGGCACAUACAGAGGCUGGCUCACUACCUGAACCAAAUUAUUUUUGUAUAGAGGAAAAUGGUUCUAUUAACAUUUACCUGGAAGUAUUUCAUUCCAGUCCCUCAAAUUUACAGUGUUUGGCCAGCAUUGUUGUUUAGUUUAGACUUAAGUUGAAGAUUAUAAACAGAAGGACACAUAAUUAAAACAUGUUGAAGUUCACUUUAUUUCUGAAUACAAAUUCUAACUUAAAAAAAAAAGCUGCAGUUUCAUUCUCCCAGUUGUGAAAUACUUAACAGUUUCUGCUUUACACCUAUGUUUUUUUUCAGAAAAUGUUGCUACAAGAAAAAUACAUAGAGGGAAAACAUUAUUUUGAGACACUGUAGAUAUAAUAAGGGGAGAAUUUAAUUAACGUGUAAUUACACACCUUGCACUGUAGCUAUUCAUUAAUAAUAUGUACGGUAUUUUGUUUUAAUUUGCUUCCUAAGCUUUAAUACAAAUUUAAUAGCUUACACUUCUUUCUUUCCACCAUAUUAAAAUUGCAUAACUGAAGAGUUUGCACUUAAGUAUUCCAAGAAGAGUUUCUUUAGAUUUCAGUGGAUUUUUUUCUGGAAUGCAUGUAUCCUUUCAUCUGAGAAGGUUUCCAUAUUUUGUCAGACAUUAUAGAAAUGUUUCAUGCUCAAAAGGAUUCCAACCAAAUAAACGACCUCGGAAGAACAUGUUGAACAUCUAUGUUUCAAACUUGCAGCCUGUAUUUGUUGUGUCACAGAACUCUGUGCCCUAGAAAGCAUGAGAAAUACAAGUCAUGCUUUGAAGCGUAAAGGCUGGAUUGGAUUGCAUGUUUAGUGGCAUACAUGAGAAACAGAGUAUUUAUUCAUUGCAUUUUCAUAUUUAUUUACCACAAUGUAAAAAGUUAUAUUUUGGUUGAUUAAACAUCAUCCUCAU